AUGGCCGCGGAUGCCGCCAAGUGUGAGGUCCUCAUUUUUGGGGGUGCUGCACGUGAGUGGAAGCGGCUUAUGCUUUGUGACUGUGGAGCGUUUGAAGAUGAGUUGCAUGUUUUCGAGGAAUGUCCCGCUUACAAGAGCAUACGGGCUAAGUAUGAUGGUGAUCUAGUCCUUAAGGGGCGCAGCAUGCGCACCAUUAUGACUGAGGCGCCACCCCUGGCAUUGGCCAGGUACCUUUCGGAAAUUUGGGAGGCCAGGCACGUCGCGCUGAGGCGCUUCACCCUGAAGUGGACGAGGGAGAAUGAAGAUGACCUCCCGUGUACCCGCAUCAAUACCAAUACAACAUCCAUGGCCCCCCCGGCUUUUAUGGACACACCUGCACUUGUGUGCGGAACUUGUAACUUGUAACUUGU